AUUUCCGGGAGUGACGUCAUCCCUGUAACGUGUAGGCGGUGCGGGAAAGAGCGUCGUUCCCAAGACAACGGAAAGCUGAUGUAGAUGGCUGAAACUCCCAAGUUCGAGUGAGGAAGGUCUCCAGAGGUUAACUUCAGAAAAUCAGCAUAAAGUGAACUCGGUUCAUUAAAAGUCUUUAAAUGAGUGGGUCAAAGUAUUUAACGCUUGAUAAAGUUUAAAAGUUGGCAACGUGAAGAUUUGGACUCGACAAAAGCACUGCAAACAUGAACCGUAACUCGCUGUACAACCAGCAGCAGCGGCUGACCAUCCAGCGACAGAUUCGGGAGCAGAACUUGGAGGAAGGGUCCAGACGUUUAAACCGAGAACGGCAGCUGCUGGCCGCUAUUCAGGACGAAAAGCGGGCAGAGCCGAUGAGACACCUGCGGGAGGUGCAGCAGGUGGAGCAGGAGAGGCAGAUUGAAAGUGUCCUGCGAAAGGCAGAAGAGGAGAGAAUAAGCAGGGAGAAACAGCAUGAACAAGAGGAGAGAAUAACUAAAGAGUUGGCCCGCAUCAAUCACGAAAAGCAGAGGGAUGAGAAAAUGAGGGAGCAUAUUAGAAAGACCAGCUUGGAGCUUCGGGAACUAGAAUCUAAACUAAGGAUUGCUUAUGUGAGCAAGGAGAGGGCUGCACAGAUCGCCGAGAAGGAAGCUAUAAAGCUUGAGACCAUGCGUGAAGAGGAGGAAAUCACUCGCACGGUGAUGAGAGAACAUGAUCAAGCAGCACUUGAGCAGCAAAAGUUGGAGCAGAGACGUCACGAGGAGAUGGCGGAGCACCAGAAACAGCUGGAGCAGCAGCUCAUGGACAGGGAGCGCAGAAGACAGGAGGCGUACGAGGAGUUCCUCAGAGAGAAGCGGAUGGUGGACGAGAUCGUCAGGAAGAUUUAUGAGGAGGAACAGAUGGAGAGACAGCGGAAGCUGGAAAAGGUCAGAGCCACUCAGCAGCAAAUUGAAGAAAUCAAAAGACAGCAGGCCGAGUGGAGACGCAUGGAGCAGGAAAUGAUGGAGGCCGAGAACAGAAGGAUCAUGGAGUUUGUAAAGCAACAGGAGCACAAGAAAGAGAUCAGAAUCACCAGGAACAGAGAGAGGGAAGAAGCCAAGGAAUAUGUUCAUAAGAUGCUGUGUGACAAGAUGGUGAAGGAGAGGAAGGAGCGUGAGGAGCUGGAGCAAGUCCGUGAGAAGCUGUAUUUAGAGGAACAAGAGGAGGCCAACAGGAAGAGAGAGAUUGAGGAGAUGAGGGAGAAAAUCCACCAGAGACUGAUGCUGCAACAAACCUGCCAUGAGCAAAUGGCCUUCAAAGAAAUGCGGAGACAAAAGGAAAAAGAGCAGGACGAGGAAUUUAGGAAAAUGAUGAUGGCCAAGUUUGCUGAGGAUGAUCGUAUUGAGCAGAUGAAUGACCGCAAACGUCGCAUGAAGCAGCUGGAACAUCGGCAGGAGGUGGAGAAACUUAUCGAGGAUAAAAGACAACAGCGUGAGGCUCAGAAGGAGCUGGAAGCUAAAGAACGAGCCACUGAGCAGGAGAACGAGGCACUGCGGAGACAGAUAAUUGAAGAAGAAAGGCAGAAACUUCUGAAGCACCAUGCCACUAAACUCAUUGGACACUUUCCAAAGGGCUUGCUUCGUAAGGAAGACCUGGAUUCCUUCAACGAUGAUUUCAGGAAACACUUUGAGCCUCGCCAAGCCAGAGCAUCCUUUGAUGAAGGCGAGGACACAGAAGACUAAACGUUUCACCUCCAGUUCACCACUAGAGGGCAGUUUAAGUUUGCAGUGCAAAUGUUUUGAAGUAUUUCAGUCACAAAAGUUUUUUUUAAAUUAUUUUUAAUAUCUGCUUCAAUGUCUUUUUUUUUUUUUUUGCAUUCAGUAAUCAAGACACUGCUUGUUUGAUAAGCAUCUUCAAUAAAAUCAACAAAAAUA